CGCCUAUAAAAUCAGCAAUUUUUGGGCUUGUAGUUCUCAACAAAUUAAACUCUCGUCUAUUAACUUCUUCAUUCAGAUCAUCAUCACCCUUCGUUCUUUGUUUAUCUAGUUUCAAUCACUUCUAGCUAAUUCAGUUUUCAUUAAUGGAAAAUCAGCCUAAGCUGCUAUGGUGGAUCUUCUUCACCAUUCCAUUGCUGAUCAUCUCAAACUUGCAGAAUUGUGCUUAUGGAGAACCUCAAGUGCCAUGUUUCUUUGUUUUUGGGGACUCACUCUUUGAUAAUGGAAACAACAACAAUCUUUCGACGUUGGCAAAAGCCAAUUAUACUCCUUAUGGGAUUGACUUUAGCAAAGGGCCUACCGGGAGCUAAGCUUUUGGGAUUUGACGACUAUAUUCCAACCUUCAAUGAAGCAAAAGCUACAAAAAAUAUAUUAAGAGGUGUAAAUUACGCAUCUGGAUCAGCUGGGAUUCGCAAUGAAAGUGGACGAUUAGCAGUGGGUGAUGUGAUAUCCCUGGAUGAGCAGCUACAAAAUCACCGCAUCAUAAUUUCACUCAUCACUGAAGCACUGGGAAAUAAAGAUUCAGCCAUGAAGCACCUAAACAAGUGCAUUUAUACCAUUGACAUGGGCAACAAUGACUACACAAUGAAUUACUUCCUUCCCCAGUUAUAUAACACUAGCAGGCAAUUCAGUGCUCACCAAUACGCUACAGUGCUCAUUCAACAAUAUUCUCAGCAAUUAGAGAGCUUAUACGAUCUUGGAGCAAGGAAGGUGGCUGUUGCGGGACUAAUUCAAAAUGGUUGCUCGCCCAAUGCACUGGCAACAUAUGGUACGAAUGGCUCUUCAUGUGUAGAGGUGAUCAACAACGCAGUACAAAUCUUCAAUAGCAAGCUUAUACCAUUAGUUACAAACCUUAACGCCAAUCUUCCUGGAGCUAAAUUUACUUACAUAAAUUUUUACCAGAUUGAUGCCGAAUCAACUCGAGUUAGGGAUUUAGAGCCUGAGGUAAGUGAUGAAGAGUGGAUGGAGGAAGAGGAGGAAGGAAGUGGAAGGAUGUUGAAGAAGUCGCGUACAGUAGUUGCUAAAGAGCAUAAAGACCAGUUGCAGAGACUUAAGGAAAAGUACCUAGAAGAGCAUGACAAGGAGCUUCUAGAAUUUGAUGAUGAAGAUUUUGAGGAAGAUGGUGAUGCAGAUGUGGGGGAUGGAGACAUGCUAGUAGAUGAGGAAGGUAGGGACCAUGAUAUUGCGAAGGAGGACGAGAAACCAUCUGAUAAUGUUAUUACUUCUGCAAUGGUUGAGUCCUGGUGUAAUUCUGUCCGAGAAAGUGGAAAAAUAAGUGCUGUUCGUUCACUUUUGAAAGCUUUCAAAAUUGCAUGCCACUAUGGUGAUGAUGGAGGUGGUGAUUCUUCAGCGAAGUAUAGUAUUAUGUCUAGAUUUUUUUAUGCAGUUAAAGUGAUUGCUAUUCAAUCAGUUGUACUGGCAUGUGAUUCAGUUCUGAUGAAUGGUCUUGGAGUUGCCCUUCACUUUUGGAGUACUGGAGAAGGUGUCCUCCCUUUGGUGGCCUUUUUCUUUUUAAGGGAUGUAUGCAUUUGGAUUGGAUCGGAUUGUUUAGACGAUUGCCUCAAAGGGAUAUACAAAGCCUAUGUUUUGAACUGUCACUUCAUAAAUGCAGCAAAGUUACAGCAUAUUCAAUUUCGUGCAAAUUGUGUCAUAGAGCUUCUUGGGGUGGACCUGCCAACUGCAUAUCAACAUGCCUUUGUUUUCAUCCGCCAGUUGGCAAUGAUUUUACGAGAUGCAAUUACUAUGAAAACUAAGCUGAAUGGCAGUGCUGACCCAACUAGUCUGCGGUUGAGGCUUGUUGCUGCUGCUGCUGCUGUUGUUGUAUUGAUGUGUGAAUUCAAUCUUCGUGUAUUCUAUUUAUUGGAUUCAUUUUGCAAGGUUUAUGAAUGGAAGUUCAUGAAUUUCCUUGAACUUUGGACUGGAGCUAUCUGCACCUAUAGCUCAGAAGCUGAUCUCAACCCUCUUGCUUAUCCACUGACCCAAAUAAUUUCAGGGGUUGCCCGCCUAGUUCCUACUGCUCGAUGCUUUCCCCUUAGAUUGAGGUGUGUUAGAAUGCUUAAUCGGAUUGCUGCUUCAACUGCUACACGAUUAAGGAGUUUUUGCAAGAGUACCAAAAUUGAAAGGUUCCAGAAACAAAUGAGGGAGCUUAUUCGUCAGAUUGAGGCUAAUUCCAAGUUUACAAAUGAAAAGCGCAUGUCAAUCAUUUUUCUGCCAAAUGAUCCUACAGCAGCAUCUUUUCUUGAGGAUGAAAAGAAGUCAGGGGCCAGUCCUUUGUUGCGGUAUGUUGCAACUUUGCGCCAGAUAGCACAACAAAGAAUUGAUUCAUUGACAGAAUCCAGUGUUCUUGUGGUUAAGCACUCGUCUGUCUUUCGAAACAAGAUACCUGAAAGUGAUGAAGACGAUGAUGAUGCUGUGAAUGAGAAAGGUGCUUCUGUCUUUAGUUCCUCCUGGUUACCAGGAGGUACACCCAAGGCUAAACCUUCCAAGGAGGAGGAGAAAAAGAAGAAGAGAAAAGCAGAGCACCAGGAAGAGGUAGCUUUGGAUGAAGAUGUCGUGGAGGACCUGGUACUCAGUUCUGACGAAGAUGGAUCAGUGGAUGACUCUUCUUCCGAUGAAGACGAGAGUCCAAAAUCAAUGCCUGGUAAGGUUGACAGUGCAAAAUCUGCACCUUCUAAACAGCAUAGAAAGAAGCAAAAAGCCCCUGAGAACUUGUCAAAUAAGGAUGUACCAUCUCAUGCAAAGAAGUUUAAGAAGAGGAAGACAACCAAUCCUGUUGAAAUUGCUCGGAAAAAUUUUGUACGAUAGGAAAUUUUGGUUGGUAAAUAUAACGCGAGUAGUAAUCAAUGACUACGUUUCCUUUAAACUAAAA